UCGUUUUGUUUCUGCGAUUCAAUUUCUCGCAGAUUUUUUGUUUUCCUGUUUUUGGUUUUUCUUUUUGAGAGUUGAGAUCUGUCGGGAAUGAAGUUCGGGAAGCGACUGAAGAAACAGAUUAUGGAGUCGCUGCCGGAAUGGCGCGACAAGUUCCUGUCGUACAAGGAGUUGAAGAAGCUGGUGCGGCUGAUAUCGGAGUUUGUGUAUCUGUUGAACAACGAGAUCGACAAGUUCAACAACUUCUUCAUGGAGCAGGAGGAGGAUUUCGUGAUCCGGCACGAGGUAUAUAUGUUGCUAAAUCGAAUUCUGAAUUUGAUAGAGAGAUGGGGACCAAAUGGAAGUGAGGCUUCAGAAGCGAACUACAGAGAGGAGAUAGCGAAGAUCAGAAAAGAUAUGGUUGAUUUCCAUGGCGAGAUGGUCCUGUUAGUUAAUUACAGUAGCAUCAAUUACACUGGAUUGGCAAAAAUACUGAAGAAAUACGACAAGAGGACAGGUGGGUUGUUGAGGCUACCAUUCAUACAGAAAGUACUGGAGCAAACCUUCUACGCCACGGAUCAAAUCUCCAAACUGGUCAAGAAAUGUGAGGGAAUGAUGGACGUGGUGUUCCGGCGGCGGGCGGAGGAAGAACUGGCAGAGAGGGCCAGAGAAGCGAGAGAUGCCAUUACGGUCGCCGGAGAAGGCAUCUUCAGGAACACCGUGGCAGCUCUGCUGACCAUCCAGGAGAUCAGAGCAGGAAGCUCCACUCAGAGUGCCUUCUCUUUGCCUCCUCUGAAUAUGCCUGAUUCUCACCUCAUUCAGGCCUUUCAGCUCAAUUCCACCAUCCCCACUAAUUGAUAAUGAUACUACAGAUUUCAUACUGGUCAGUUGUAUACUUGCUAGGAGAUCAGUCUAGGAAUAUACUUAUAUAAAUAUAUAUAUAUAUAUAUAUAUAAAAUACACGCCAGCAGAUUAUGCAAGUCC